UUAGUCUGCGACAGGUGUAUAUGUCAAUAAAGAAAUUAUAUACCGCGAAUAUAGAUCGCGUGCAGAAAAAUAAUUUUGGGGAACGUGAGUGUUCGAAAUUCUUUAAAUCAAAAUAGCAAUUGUGAGCGGGAAGAAGUUUGUCGAGUCAGCUAGUAUUAGAUAUUUUCAAAUUGACCUCAAACUGGUUGGAAAUUACAAAAUAAUAACAGCAUAAAAUAUAGGCAUGCGCACCGGACGCUUGUUUUUUCCAUGGGAACCAAAAGUAAACGAAUUCAAUUUUGAGUGAUAUCCUAGUUUUGAGCAUGAUAACUUCAAAUAAUCUUUGUCGCUUGUAAAACCACACAAAAUGAACCAAAAACCAGUUUGGGAAGAUCGCGAAAUCAAGUUCGAUAUAUUCAACAUCGUGAAGACGAUUCGCAGCGGCGAAAACAUCCUGGAAAUACUCGACUCUGUUGAGGACACCAAAGGGAACCUGGGUGACCGUGGUCGAUUGGUGGUUACCAAUUUGCGUAUAAUAUGGUACUCGGUUACAUCGAAUCGAUUUAGCCUGUCGAUCGGUUUCACGUGUGUACUGACGAUGAACACCAAGACCGUGGUGUCGAAGGUACGAGGAACAACCCAAGCACUGCAUAUACUUAGCGCGGGAAGUAAUUCCCGGUUUGAGUUCAUCUUUACCAACCUCACCGCCAACAAUACGAAACAUUUCUCGUCGAUCUUCGACAUAUAUCGACUGUAUCAGGCUUCCUUCUUGUAUCGGGAGCUGAAACUGCGCUCAGCGAUUGUUAACGGUGGACAGCUCAAUGUUCUCAACCAGGAGCAAGUGUUCAACACUGUCAACGGGGUGUGGAAUCUGUCCAGCGAUCAGGGCAACUUAGGUCUAUUCAUCUUCACCAAUGUUCGUCUAGUUUGGUUUGCCGAGAUGAACAACAGUUUCAACAUCUCGUUACCAUACAUGCAGAUCGCUAACAUUCGCGUCAGAGAGUCCAAGUACGGUCCAGCAUUGGUGAUCCAAACUUUAGAGACAGCCGGAUCGUAUGUACUCGGAUUUCGAAUCGAUCCACCGGAUCGACUGUCGGAUGUAUUCAAAGAACUUCUCUCGUUACACAGCGUUUACACGGAGACGCCAGUGUUCGGGGUGUUCUACGAGCAGAAGCCGGACAUGGAAAGACCUGUGGUCGAAUCCUAUGAUGACCUCGAUGAAUUGGACCAGUCAGCGGGUAGUGAAAUCAACAGUAAAUUCACCGCUUAUCUGGCGGAGUCGGAUACGGGCGGUAAAAGGCGUAAGCCUGUUUAUUGUAAAGAAUUGGGCUUCGCGAUGGAAGCUAUCAGAGAAGGUUACACAUUGAAAGAUCUGUGGGAAGUUAUACCAAGCUCGUCAACGUCUACUGGUGCAUAGGUUUCGAACGUGGUGAGAACAACAUACAAUAUUUUUAGAGAUUCAUUGGAAGGAUAUAAAAAAAUGGCAGUAGAGUAACAAAAAUACACGAGAGGACCCUUCUAAGUGUCAAUCCAAUUUUCUGUUCUCUACAAAAAUAAAAGUACAAACAAAUGGGCUAAUAGCAA